AUGGAUCGUCAGCAGGAAAAUAAUGGAUUCGGUCCACUUUCAAAGCCUCGUGGAAAUGCCUCUCUUCUCGCUGCGUUGUUGGUGGUUGUCUUUUCUGUAGUUGUCCAUUUGAAGAUUUCCCAUUCUACCGGAAACCAACAUGGCAGAGACGAAUUCGUCUUUCUACUCUUUAUCAGCGCUCUUUUAAUUCUGAGUUUAGUCUUUAGCGAGGUGGUGCGUAGAGUUUGUCUGGGUAUUGAAGAGAUUCGACACAAGCAAACUCGAUAUGAAGGAAGUUGGAGGAAGGUUUUCAAUUCCACUUUCGCUUUUAAGUAUGGUCGCACUAUUCUGGUCGUGGGGGUUGUGUCCUUUCUCAUAGUGUCUUUUGCCUUGUACCGAGAUUGUAACACUUUCUGUCGUGCAGAAUAUGCGAUUUUUUUUUCGUUGAACUGCUUCUUGGUCCCUCAGCUGUUGUUUCUUGUUGGUUUGCGAGAGCUUUCUAGCGUGGAAGUAUCAGAGAUCAACGAGAGAGAAAACAAAAAUGUGGCCGAUGGUCUAGCCUGGAGCUACUAUUUUGGUUACUUGAAGCUGGUGUUACCACAUCUUGAGGGACAGAUCGGAAAAUCAGUUUACAAGUACAAGAUUAAAGAGAAAAAGCUUUUCAUAUUGCUUCCCAAAAACUGCUACACGUACGAUAAAAUUGUGGACGCAGACCCAAGAAUAACAGUUGCGGGAAAUCUCGACUCAUAUGAAAUAAACAGAGGUGGGAUAUUGAAGCGAUCCUAUAAACACACUGUACACCGAAUAGAGAUGCCAUGCCCAGAUGGAGAGGUCGAUGAAUAUCACGUGGUUCUGGAGUAUGCCACACCCCUGAUGUCCCUGUAUGAUAUGUCUCAACAUAAAGAGGGUGGAUUGAGUCGCCAAGAGCGAGAUGAACAGGUAACUUGAUCUGAACAUACAAACAUUUUAACCAGAUAUUAUCUUGUACAGCCUUUCCUUUCAUAGCAUCCCAGGCAGGUGUUUUUAGGGGAGCUCCUAUUUCUUCCUUCCCCAUAAAUACCUGCUCAACCGAGAACAACAUUCCUUUCCCAAGCUUAGCCAAUCACAUUGUACCUUCCAAAUUUUGGAAGGUUGAGCUUGACCACAGGGUAACCCGAUAAUUACUCGAUCUGCAUGAAACACUGGGAAAGCUUUAUGACCGCUAUUAAAUGUUAGACAUAGAGCGGCAAAAGUAAGAUUUAGUCAGAUUCUAGAAGGAAAAAGGUAACUCUAGAGUCACGUUUUUACACUAUGAGUGACUAUGAGUGACUAUGAGUCGUGUUUAGCCUGCCAACACUUUAUUUCAAAACCACUGAUUGUCACUUACCACGCGAAUAAAACAAUGGAAAAGGAAUGUUGUUCUCGGUUGAGCAGGCAUAAUUUUGUGGGGAGGGAUGAAAUACAAGCUCCCCUAAAAACGUCUGCAUGAAAGCUAUUCCUUUCAUAAUAAUAAUCCCCACCUAUAGGGGUGUGUGGAUAUAAAAUGGAACAGCGCAAUGUCCUACUCCAUGGUUUUUAUCACCAACAACCCUAUGGAAGGUGCAUGCUGUUUGAAAUACUCUUAUAUACAGUCAAAGCUCUCCUUGAUUAUGACCACUCUCCAGCUCUAAGUUACAACCAGCAUUGUUCCAUUGAACAGGCAAAGAUAUUUACACGGGAUGAGAGUGGUUUUGCUGCACUAGUCGAUGGUGUUUUUGCCAGUGCAACUUCAUGGCAACAGGUUUACUGUCUUGGAGGAUUUUAACUGUACUGCACAAUUGGACUAGGACUUUUUAGCCUGAAUUUCAGACAUCUUCAAGUCACAUAAGUAUGCGACUCAAAGAUAUGUAUGAAAUUCAGGCUUCUGUGACUUAAGCUUUGUGAUGAAAAGCUCUUAUAAGCAACUGGUACUGUAAGCGACUGCGACUACUUUUGUUUAUAAUCACCAGCUUGCCUUUUUUACUGUUGUUAAGUUCUACAAGAUGACCAUACUCAUUAACUUGAAUAAAUGUAUUAACUUCUUGAUCAAAUCUACAACAAUUACACACAACAUACAGUAAAAUUCCAAAAAUAAUCCCCGGGGUUUAUAUUUUUCAAAGGCCCUUUUCAAGGGGCUUAUUUUUGGAAGUGCUUAUGUUCAGAGGGGUUUAUCUACGGAGGGAAACUAGCAUUUCAAAAUAGAUUGGACUAGCCUUAUAGUUGGAAGGAAAUUUACCAUUUUUGCUUUGUUUUACUUUAUAUUUGAGGGCAAUUUCCAAGUACAAGCCCCUGGAGGGGGCUCAUAUUUGGAGGGGCGAUUUAAUGGAGGGGUUUUUGCGUUACGAGUUUGGGGGGCUUAUAUUUCGAGGGGCUUAUUUUCGCAAUUUUACGGUACAAGCAUUAAAGAUUAAUCAUUAACUUUGGAUGUGAUAAAAACAAAAAGAAAAAACAUUUAAUAUUACUUCAGCUAAAGUUUUUGGUAUUAACCGGCAAGGUAAGCAUUUUGCUAAUUGUCUUAAAAGCAACCAUGCACCCUCAAUAAUUUUAUCAUGUGGUCAGUAUAUUACCUGAUAUGCCUUAAUCUUACAGUUUACAGUAAUAAUUUGUAAUAGUUGUUAUUAUUGUUGUUGUUGUAGGUGGUGCUGUUUAUCCGCAAAUUAAGAGAAAUCUUAGACAAGUGUGUUGACUGUAAAGGGAAGUAUGAGUUAGUGCCAAUCUCAGCGGAAGGAGCUGCAGGAGAUAAAGGAGAUGAGAGAGUUCAAAAUAGGAUUGCAGAUGUGUUGGUACGGAUACACCAAGAUGCAUCUGUGCAGUUGGAAGAUUGAGAUGCUAACCCUGAGUCAUGAAGAAGAUGCCACCCAAAUGUUUGAAUGGAUAUAU